AUGAAGCCUAUUGCUCUCCGCUUGUUUGUGUUCGCUGUUCUACUGGUUCUUGCUGCUGCUUGGACUAAAGAAGAUUAUGAAAUCUUCCGACUCAACGAUGAGGUCACAGCCACUGAAGGUGCUAAUGUGACCUUUUACGACUUCCUCGGCGUGAGUCCCAAUGCCAACCAGGACGAAUUGAACAAGGCCUACCGCAAGAAAUCCAGACUUCUCCACCCCGACAAGGUCAAGCGAUCCUUCAUCGCCAACCGUUCUAAGGACAAGGGCAAAGCCAAAACCACGAAGCAGGGCGUCCAUGUCAACAAGGGACCCUCCCAGCGCGAGAUUGCCGCCGCUGUCAAGGAAGCUCAUGAACGGGCCGCUCGCUUGAACACCGUCGCCAACAUCCUCCGUGGACCCAGUCGUGAGCGUUACGAUCACUUCUUGAAGAAUGGGUUUCCCAAGUGGAAGGGCACUGGCUACUAUUACUCUCGGUUCCGUCCGGGUCUAGGAAGUGUGCUUGUUGGGCUCUUUCUCGUUUUCGGUGGUGGUGCUCAUUACGCCGCCCUCGUUCUCAGUUGGAAGCGGCAGCGGGAAUUCGUCGACCGGUACAUUCGUCAAGCGAGAAGGGCCGCCUGGGGUGAUGAACUUGGCGUCCGUGGUAUUCCUGGCGUCGACACCGCCAGCGCUGCUGCCCCUCCUCCCCCUCCUGAGGAAGGAGAAGCGACUGCUAUUCCUAUGAAUCGGCGCCAGAAGCGCAUGAUGGAGCGCGAGAGCCGCAAGGAAAGCAAGAAAGGUUCAAAGGCAUCGCCUCGCGGCUCCGGCACCGCAACACCCACCACGGAGUCUGCCCAGCCGACUGGCGAGAGGAAACGGGUUAUUGCUGAAAAUGGCAAGGUGUUGAUCGUCGAUUCCGUUGGAAAUGUCUUCCUCGAAGAGGAGACCGAAGACGGAGAACGCCAGGAAUAUCUGCUGGACGUGGAUGAGAUCCAGCGGCCGACUAUUCGCGACACAAUGGUGUUCCGCGUCCCGAUUUGGUUGUACCGGCAGACUGUGGGCAAACUGACUGGAGCUUCAACCACGGGAGAGCACGAAGUCGAGGCUGAAGAAGAAUUAGCAGAGGCCAUGGAGCAAGAGGUCCAGGAUAGCAACAGUUCUGCUCUCAAGUCCAAGAACGGUGCGUCUAGACGGAGAGGCAAACGGGCACAGAGGUCUUGA